ACGAUCGCUUAUCAGCCCGAAACGACAUGCAAAUCCAUGAUCUAGGAAGAUGAGUAAAAUAGUACAAAGCGGUGUCUAGUGAUAAGACACACUUAGUACCAGAAACAGAUCAACAACAACAACUGGGAGGAGUAAGCUAUAAAACGGUUUUCAACCCCGUUUGGGGAUGUUUUUUUUAUGUCUACUGCGGGGUGGAAGCGGACCGAUCGAACAGUCUUGUCGACCUUCUUACUCUACUGCGUGUCUUGAGCUGGAUGGGCUUGUGGUUGUCUCUGUUGCGCAUCGCAAACAAUCGUAGCAAGCUACUGAUUGGAUGGCUGGUUGGGUGCUAGGAAUCCGGUAUGGCUCAACACGGUCCGCCGCUCGUAUAUCGGGAGUAUGGAUGAACGCGAUCGUGUGUUUGUGCUCGUGUGGGGAGAUGGUUUAACCUUCGGCACAGUAACCCGGGAAAAGGUUGAUGGGUUUUAGUAUUUAAUUUACAAUUUUAUUUGGCAAAUUAAGUGAUAAGUAAAAGCUUCCUUGGUUGUUUAAUAUUAUAAAAUUUAUUCUUUUAAGACUUAUUAAAAUUCUAUUUUUUUCUGUGGAUAUUUUAAACAUAUUAAACCUGGAUAAUUUUAAAUUUUUUAAGAUUAAAUUCCAUAGAUUAAAUAUAAUAAUAAUUUCAGCAUAUUUCAUUACCACAAACUCAACUCGAACUAUUUUAUCCCAACUCUUCUGGUACACACCCAAUACACCGGCGCUGUUUGUUUCGAUCGCAGUCACAACGGUUAACUGGUUCCGAUCGGCCCUUGCUCGGCACUGUUGGAAGCAGAUGCUGUUAUUUUUUUUUAUGUCGAAAGCCGGCGUACGAUCGAGGUACUCGCGAUCGCACCAGCGGACGGUCGGUUCAGUGUGUUUGUCGAUCGUGUUGAAUAAGGUCGAACCGCACGAGGUUCGUCGGUUGCAUGCACCAAGGAUCGCAGUUUCGUCGUCCGUAUCGUCGCGUAUCGUCGUGUGUUUUUGAGCGCCAAGCGAACGUUUCCCAGUUGUUGUUUCUUAUGAAGUGUAAAGAAAAGGUUAAAUUAAUAAAAUUCAAAGUGUGUGCUUUUUUUUUGGAAAUAAUUUACGUCGUGAAGAAUACGUAAAAUAAAUGAUAUAGAAAAAAUUGAGCCUGGCGUAGCUGAUGUGAAAACUGAUUAAAAAGUGGUCUAGCUCCCUAGUUUGUGAUAGCUUGUGAGAAAAAGUGAUAAAUAAAUUGAUUCCGUGCUUCAAAAAACAAAUCUCAACGAUGUGUGUGCGUACCACCGGGAUUGUGUCGAAUUGUGAGUGCGAGUGAAUGAUUUCGUUGCAAAGCUUCACCAGUGAACCAGUCUUACUUCUUCGCAAGCAUCGCCAAAUACAAAUCGUCAACAAAAUGUUUACCAGAUUCGAUGCAAACAAAUCCACCAAAGGUGCCUCGAAGCUGAGGCGCGAUCUAAUCAACUCCGAGAUUGCUAACUUGCGCGAUCUCCUGCCCCUGCCCCAGUCCACCCGGCAGCGUCUUUCUCAGCUCCAGCUAAUGGCGCUGGUAUGUGUGUACGUGCGCAAAGCCAACUACUUUCAGCAGGUGUUCAAACGCAGCAUCGACAUCGGUUUACAUUCGGCACCAACACCAAAUAUAGGAUUCUCGAAGGCACUAUCUGGAUUCCUCAUGAUGCUCACACAGAAUGGGAAGCUGCUGUACAUUUCGGAUAAUGCCGCCGAAUAUUUGGGCCAUUCGAUGGAGGACCUCCUCAUACACGGUGACUCCGUUUACGACAUUAUCGACAAGCAGGAUCAUGGUGCCAUCCAGAGUGAGCUGAGUCGGGGUGUUUCGCAGCAUACGGGUCACCAUCACCACCAUCACCACCACCACCAUCACCAUCUGCACCAUCAGCAGCAGCAGCACAAUCAUCAGUUGCUUAGCAAUAAUCAUCACAAUCAUCACGGUCAUCAUCACCAUCUGCUGCAUCACGGACAUGGGAGUUCCCUUUCGCCUUCCGGAUCGUCUGUGGCUAGCUCCGGUGGAGGUGGUGGUGGAGGUGGGAGCGGUGGUAGCGGUUCCUCGAGUUCAACGGCGGGUUCGUCGCUUCUGGAUGGUGAGCAGCGAAUCUUUCUGUGUCGCAUGAACGUGAGUCGAAAUGCGCGGCGCCAGAUGCGGUUUGGUGAUCAGAAGGUGGUGCUGGUGCAGGGCCACUAUCUGUCCUAUCUGCCGCUGUGCAGCCGUAACGAGCCCGUCUUCAUCGCGACCUGCACCCCGAUCGCCAUGCCGGAAACGCGCGAAUGCGUCGUCCAGGGUGCGACCAACGUCUUCACUACGAUCCACUCGAUGGACAUGAAGGUGGUGCACAUUGACAAAAAUGGUGAAUUUCAUCUUGGUUACAGCCGAAGCGAACUCCAAGGUGUGUCCUGGUAUCAGCUCCUGCACUGGGAAUCGACACGCGAAGCACAGAGCAAACAUAGGUUAAUAACCCAAUCAGAACAGGACCGAUCGUGCAUUCUGCUGGUGCGAAUGCAGCGCCGCCAGAGCGACUUCCUGUGGGUGCACGUGGUGCUGCAAGUACGUGACGGUCAAGACUCGAACCAGCAAUCGGUGAUCGUGUGCACUAAUCAGGUGUUAAGCGACCGUGAGGCGUCCGUGAUGCUGUCCAACUCGUGGCUGUACCAUUACUACACCGUCCAGUCGAAGAUGCAGUUCGGCAUACCGUUCGAGGGAGCCACCAGGAUACCACCGACGGCGCCGUACUACACCACCACCGCUACCGGCCAUCACACCAAUCACUCGCCGGGCGGAGGAAGCACAUCGUCCGGUGGAGCCAUGUCGGGAACGUCGGGCGGAACUCUUACGUCCGCCGGAGUACAGGCGCAUGGGUACGGGGCCUCGCACCACUCGCACCAUCACAUUCCGGCGUACGGUUACCAUUCGCCUUCGGGACAACAUCACAACGGUGGAUCGGUCGCUCCGAUGCUGCACGCGCACCAUCAGCCGGUCAAUAAUGGAGCGCUGACGACGGGUAACGAUGAGUAUGGGAGCCGUGCGUAUGGCUUCCGGCUAGAUUCGAACGGUCAACCGGUAGACUACAGUGGUGGUCAUCCAACACCACCAACAUCAGCACCUCCGGCUUUAAUAAACCCAACAGCUAUUCCUAUUCCGGUCGUACAAGUGACGCCACACAUACGCUGCCACAACGGUGGAGGAACUGGCAGUUCUUCGAGCAGUGAGUUGGGUAGCAAUGGAGCCGGAGCUGGCACUGCCAAUACCAAUAGUCAUCAAACAAACAGCGGGAAUAGUGAUCGUCAUAAUGGAACGCCUCCGGCUAAGAAGCGGAACAUUAACCGGCUCGAACCCAUCUACAUACCCGAAAAUGGACAGUCUGAAUCUUCCGAAGUUUCGACGGUGGAGAUGCAAACCAAUGCGUCCGGUAUGCAUCCACAAGACAACUCUGGUACGAGUGUCACUAAUGGAAUGAGUCACCUCAACAGCACCAUCGAAGGUGGAGGAUCUCUUGGGAAUGGGAGUGGUGGCAGUAGUGCAGGUGGUGGAGGAGGUGGAGGAGGAGGAGGAGGAGGAGUUGGAGUACAAACGAUGAUACUAGGCAACCGAACUCCAAUCGGCCGACUGCACUCGAAGUCCGCCCUCCUACCAACUACGGUAUCGAAUCUGUCCAGCGAACCUACCGACUUCAUGGAGCAAUGGAAUCCAAGUCCUCCUUGGUCCGAUACCACCGCACAGAAGGUGCCGGACAUAACGCACCAAGAACUGUCCCCGUACAUGACGACCACACCUCCCACGCCCACCAGUGCUCCACAUCAGCAUCACACCGGAAGCUUUCCGACGGCGACCACGUUCUCCUUCGACUGGAUGCCGGAACAGUUUGUACCAAUCGCAACCGACUGCAGCGCGCUCGUGUCGGUGUCCAGCAGCACAGCCGUGUCACAGUCGGUGUCCGGAACAUCCUCAAUUUCCUGCCUCUCAGCCAACAGCAGCCAUAGCACGGUAGCGGGUAACGUGGGCUGUGUGUUGCCUCCCAGCUGUCUCACACAGGACGGGCUACCGAUUCCUGGGCUAUCGAUACCGAUGCCAGUGCCACUUCAAAUACCACCACCUCCGUGGCCUUCAGACCAUCGGUUACUUGCACUGGAAGGUGGAACAGGAUCAGCAACAGGUUCCUCGUCGUCCGGAGACAGUGGAACGGAACGGAAGCCUCUGGAGGACCAUCAGGAUCAGCGAAGAUCUCACUGAACAACUGUCUCAGCUAGUUGCUACUAAUGUCUCCAACUACAGCGUAGUCAGCCUUGGAUGGAUUACUGUUGAUAAGGCGUGCAACUUAUUUAUUCUAGAAGGGAUAUUUUUACAUCGGAGUACGUUCGUUCGUUUGAACGUUCGCCGUGUACAUCUUCCGCAUCAGUAUUGUUGAUAGCAAAGGCUUAAUGCAUAAGAAAAUCAGACGCAUUUUGCGUACGCUAUUCUUAGAUGUAGAAUUUAAUUUAGAAGCUCAAUGUAACUUUCCCGUUCUUCCACACGAAACUAAAAGAAUCCAUGUAAGUGGAUGGAGUAUUUUACAGUUGGCUAUUAUUUAUUUUUGCUAUAUGAACAAUUUCUUUAUGAAGAUGGUAGCGUAGCGAUGGGAAAAAAGCAUUAUUGUUGAUUGUGUAAAUAGACAUUUAAUGUGAAUAUAUUUAAAGAUUUUUGAAUCGAUUCCUUUGUAGUAUGGCACAUACUAAAGCGUAAGUUGGUAGUAAAAUUACCGUCUCCAGUGGAUAGGGAUGGUUAAGAAUAUGUUGGAAAUGUUUCAUAACUUUCUUAUCGAGAAAUGUUAGGUUUAUGUCUAGUUUCUAGAUUUUGUUAUAUUUAUAAACGAUACAAACCCGAAGAAACAUGAUAAAACUAUUGAAAAUUCUACUUCUAUAACAUCGAUUGUUUGUUUUUUUUUUUAAUCAUUCACCAAUAUGAUCCUCGAGUUGUUCUAUACAUUUCUGUUCGCCUCAAGUGCUGAAGUAAGUAAACAGUAGUCCGUUGGUACCAAAAAGUAUCCGAAACGUUUCUGGUGGUUGCUGUUCAUCCCAUUUUCUGUAAAGGGAUUUCCAGAACAGUGGCGUAUCAACCUAGAAGCGGCAGGAGCGGCCGCUCGGGGCCUCAUCGGAUAGGGGGACUUCGUCGGCGAGGGAAAUGCUAUUGUUUCCCACUAAUAUCACAAUUAGAGGGGGCCUCAACCGCCAUUCCGCCACCAAAUAUCUUGACCCACCACUGUUCCAGAAUCUGUUCUGUCUUCCAAAUUAUUAGAAUCGCUACGUCAGACGUUCAGAAAAAUCGUUCUUUAAGUUAAUGGAACUUUUACUA